CAGCGACAUCAUCACCUCUGCUUCACUCCCCGUCUCUCUUCGUGUUCUCGCCAUGGGCGGCCUUACCUACGGUAGCUAUGGAGCUACUGCAGCUUUCAUCGUCGUCGGACUGUAUAUGCUCUUCAAUGGAGAAGGAGAGGCUUUCAAUGUUGGCGCCUUCCUCGAGUCAAUAUCCCCCUACACCUGGGCAACCUUGGGCAUCAGCCUGUGCAUCACGCUGUCAGUAGUGGGCGCAGCAUGGGGCAUCUUCAUCACCGGCACAUCGAUCCUCGGCGGAGGCGUGAAGGCGCCGCGGAUACGGACGAAGAACCUGAUCUCCAUCAUCUUCUGCGAGGUCGUGGCUAUCUACGGCGUCAUCAUGUCGAUUGUCUUCUCGGCCAAACUCGAAGCGGUUGGCGCUGAAGCCAUCCGCAGUGCGGGGAACUACUACACCGGCUACGCGCUGUUCUGGUCCGGCGUGUUGGUCGGAGGCUGCAAUCUCGUCUGCGGAAUCAGCGUGGGCAUUAACGGAUCGAGUGCCGCUCUGGCUGAUGCUGCGGAUCCGAGUCUAUUCGUCAAAAUCCUCGUCAUCGAGAUUUUCUCGUCCGUCUUGGGACUGUUUGGCCUCAUUAUCGGACUGCUACUCAGCGGGAGUGCGGAUCCCCUCCAGGCUAUUUGAAAAGUCGACUUACCGUAGAAGACCUUGAAGAAAGCGCGGUGACUGGACAGAGGCUCCGCGUAGCGACAGGGAAGCGAAACCGUUCGGCAGCAUGUGAAUGGCGUUGUUCGGUUGACGGGGGAGGCAUGCAUUCGACUUGAGCAGGCAACUGUAUUUGUGUACAUCAUAUGAAAAGAGUCACGUUUAUUUCA